CAUAAAUGUAAAUAUAAAUCCCCUUUAUUUACGAAGGUGGUACGACUCAUUCUCGCGCUGCGUCUGACGGCAGUAUGGAGUCUCAGGUCGUUACCAGUCCAGACGAGAUCGCCAAGCUCUACCGAGAGCAUAGUCUAUUUCCCUCGUUGGCCACAGCUGAAAUCGGGCCAGUGAUCACAUCGCAGUACGGAGGAAAAUACUGCAAUAUCUAUACAGAAUGGAGUCAGCCUGAUUUUGAAAGGAAUGAAAAAGUCAAGUUCUGCCGACAAUACAUCGUCUUCCAUGAUGACAAAUCCAUUGUGUAUUCAGGUCCAUCAGGAAACUGCACAGAGAUAAAGGGAGUGCUCUUGAGCAAAGACUCACCUUCUGGUGACAUGAAAGCAGUGGUCCGGGAGUGCAUCAUCAAAGGAGAAGAGAAACAGUUUCUGGAGGUGUGGACCAAGAAUAGCAAAGUGAAGAGCAUUAACCUGACAGCUCUGAAGAAACACGGCAAAGUCUAUGAGGAUGAUCAGUUUGGAAGCUUGGUCUGGUCCCACUCUGAAACACACCUUCUGUAUGUGGCUGAAAAGAAGAGACCAAAGACGGAGUCAUUUUUUCAGACUGAAUCACCUGAAUCAUGUUCCCUGGGAGAUGAAGAAGACAGUCUGAAAGUGGGAAAGAAAGAGUCUAUAAAGCAAGACCAGUUUGUUUAUUACGAGGAUUGGGGAGAAUCUCUGGUGAAUAAGAGUGUGCCGGUGCUGUGCAUUUUGGACAUUGAGGGAAACAAUGUCUCUGUCCUGGAGGGAAUCCCUGAACACAUCUCUCCUGGCCAGGCAUUUUGGGCACCUAACGACACGGGUGUAGUCUUUGUGGGCUGGUUGCACGAACCUUUCCGCCUGGGCCUAAAAUUCUGCCCUAACAGAAGGUCUUCCUUGUUUUAUGUGGAUCUUACCAGUGGCGAAUGCGAGCAGCUCUCCUCCGAUUCCAGUGCCGUCUGCUCCCCCCGUCUGAGCCCAGACCUCUGCCGCAUUGUCUACCUGGAAUGUGGGGUGUAUGGUCCUCACCAGCAGUGCAGCCGUCUCUGCAUGUAUGACUGGUACACGAAGAAGACAUCAGUCAUCGUGGAUGUAGUCAACAGGCCCAGAGAAGAUGGGUUCACUGGGAUCUACAGCUCCAUGCUGUCUUCCUUCUGCUGGUCAGCGGACAGCCAGAAAGUUCUGCUCUCCUGUGCUCAGAGGAGCCGGAAGGAUAUACUUCAGGUUGACAUAACAACUGGAAAUGUCACCUCACUGACUUCAAAAUCAGACAUUGGCAGCUGGACCCUGCUGACCAUCAUACGGGACCUCAUGGUGGUCAGCUGUUCCUCCCCCAACUGCCCGGUCAGCCUGAGGGUAGGGUUUCUGCCUGAGUCAGGAGGCCAGGAGUCAGUGUCGUGGGUGACGCUAGAAGAGGCUCUGCCCCACCCUGACAUCGACUGGAAAGUGCUGAACUUCACACCGCCCCCUGAGCAAGAAAACGGCAAAUACCCUGGCCUGGACUUUGAAGCGAUCCUGUUGAAACCAAAGAACAGAAAAGAAGGCACUGCACUGCCACUGAUUGUGGUCCCACAUGGGGGACCCCACUCUGUCUUUGUUGCUGAAUGGUUCCUGUCUUGUGCAGUCCUAUGCAAAAUGGGCUUUGCCAUGCUGCUGGUGAACUAUCGAGGGUCUCUUGGAUAUGGCCAAGAUAGCAUCCUUUCCCUGCCUGGAAAUGUUGGCGAUCAGGAUGUGAGAGAUGUUCAGAAUGCAGUGGAGAGCCUGAUAAAACUUGGUGAGAUCGAUGAGCAGAAGGUGGCUGUUUCUGGGGGCUCCCACGGCGGCUUCCUGGCGUGUCACCUGAUUGGCCAGUAUCCGGACUUUUACAAGGCCUGCGUAUCUCGGAAUCCGGUCAUCAACCUGGCCUCCAUGAUUAGCAGCACUGAAAUUCCAGACUGGUGCAUGGUGGAGGCUGGACUUCAGUACAGCACUGACACCCUGCCUGAUCCCAGAGCCUAUGAGCAGCUGCUAAGCAAGUCUCCCAUCUGCCAUGUUAAAAAGGUGAAAACGCCAGUGUUACUCACUCUGGGAGAGAAAGACAGACGUGUCCCCUGUAAGCAGGGCCUCGAGUAUUACAAGGCACUGAAAGCUCUGCAGGUGCCUGUUCGGUUGUUAAUGUAUCCUGGAAAUAAUCACUCCCUCUCCAAAGUGGAUGCUGAGUCAGAUGGCUUCAUGAAUAUUGCUCUUUGGAUAAUCCAGCACUUGUCCCUAUCUGUACACUAACUUUCAUGAUAGCUCUCUUUUCCUUUAUCUGAAUAAUUAAUGUUACUGACAAGACCAUUUAAUCCCAAAGACCCUUUCUGAACUUCUUGAGUUCUAAGUCCGCUCAAGAUAAUAAUGAAUAAUAAUUUUAAUAAUUCGCAUUAUAUGUAAGUAAGGUGUGCAAGAUUGCUUUGGGAACUUGAGUACCUGAUGCCAUUUGAAUUAAUAAAUCAGAGAAUUUUUUAAAAUGUUA